AUGUCUGAGUCGAGCGCGCUUCCGAGUUUCUUACGUGACUUUUUAAGGCUUUGCAGGGUCAGCUACACGUGUGUCUCGGAGGCAAGCGGCGCGCUGCUCCUCCUGCCCACGGGGGGCGGGGCUCGCCUUCUCCCCCACGGAGAGGUCAGAGGCUGGACUCGCUUCGGCCAAAGGGAACAUAAUGAAAUACUGUUUCAACGCAUUAGAUGAAGUGUUUGUUUUUUAAAACCUGCAUCUUCGUACUUUAUACCACAGUAGACAAAGCAUUUUUAAAGUAAAAUUAAAGGUUACUCUUCUAGUACAACCUAAUUUUCAGUCAGGGAUAGAAUUCCAGGGUUCAUUUCAUAUAUUUAGUGCAUGUAUUAUGGUGCAUAACUGAUUUAUCUUUAUAGUGUGUAUUGAUUUACCGCUUGUAAUAACGAGAAGAUUGUAGCGCGUAACUGACUUAUGUACUUUGUUAUUUGCGCCAUUGAACUGCAUGGAGCAAUUCAAUCAAUAAACGCUAAAUAAUUUCGCAACUAAAUCGAAGUUGCGGCGAAGUGAUUCCCUCGUCCUGCCGCCUCCGGGCGCCUGGCCAGCCGCUCUCCGGAGUCCAGCACCGGCCGCACCUUCGCGGCUCUCGCCACGGCCCUCGGGCGGCGCAACUUCAGCGCCCGCGCUACUCGGAAGCGGAAACACCGCCCCCGGGCUCUCUGCGCGCGCAGCCCUCAAAAAAAGAGCUGUUAAACUCGGGGCGGGGCUUCCGUUCCGAUUUCGGCGAAGCUCGUCGAACUGCCCCGCCCCUCUCUUGGGACUCUCGCGAGAUUUUGUUCCCUUAUGAAAAGCGGGCCGGUGUGAGAAGAGACGCUCUAGGAAGAGACGAUAGAGAGGGACCUGUGAGGCGGCAUCCGGGCGAGAAGGUGGUCUUCUUCUCCCGUUCAAAAUCCUGGGGCGAGGAGACCCUCGGGGCUCCCUCAGCUCUGUGCUUGUUUGCUUUGUAUGAUUUUAUCGUGGUUUUUCUUUUAAAAAAUGAGACUUAUUUUCUUUUUGAACUCCCCGUUUGAAUAUGUUUAGCGCCACCUGGAUGUUAGAUUAUAUUAUUACACAUAUAUUUUGAACAUGAGGGUGUGGGCAAAGCAGGUUACGUUAUCUCCACCUGUAUUAAAAAAGCACACACGCAUCACUGUAAAUAUAUACAGUAUAUAUAUGUGUGUGUGUGUGUGUGUGUGUGUAUGCAUAUCUGUAUUUUUAUCUACACACACACAGUCUUGAGAUUCCUACAUUGCAGUGGUUGGACUAAAUGACCCUCGAGGUCCCGUCCAACUCUACAGUUUUACUUAAUUUUACUUAUAUAUAGUAAUGUUAUAUGGCACCUAUUUUAUUAACUAUGUUGGUAAUGUAACUAUCGGGUGCUGAGUACUGUAUUGUCACUGACUUGUUAAAAAUAUUACUUAGGCUGCAGCCCCUGCUCACCUGGGUUCAAAGGAUUUAACUUCUGGGUAGGCGUGGUUAGGAUGGUGCUGCAAGAAACGUGUUAAAGCGGGAAUUGCCGUAUUUUUCGCUCUAUAAGACGCACCAGACCACAAGACGCACCUAGUUUUUAGAGGAGGAAAACAAGAAAAAAAUAUUCUGAAUCUCAGAAGCCAGAACAGCAAGAGGGAUUGCUAGGCAGUGAAAGCAGCGAUCCCUCUUGCUGUUCUGGCUUCUGGGAUAGCUGCGCAGCCUGCAUUCGCUCCAUAAGACGCACACACAUUUCCCCUUACUUUUUAGGAGGGAAAAAGUGAGUCUUAUAGAGCAAAAAAUACGGUAGACAAAUUCAUGGAUGAUACAGUGGCAGCUACAGUGGAGUUUGUGGAGGGCUGUGUUGAGUGGCAGUUUAGUAGGGUCAGUUUGGUUGGAGAGGGCAGUUGCCUUCAUUAUUAUUUAUUAAAUUCGUGCCUUUAAGCUGUGCUUAUAUUAAGGGGAAUAUGGGAACAUGGAGAAUGUAUAUCAAUAGCAGUUUAUAUUAUUAUUAUUAUUACCGUAUUUAUUAAAUUAAUGCAUAGCUACUGGCCUGCCUGUUCCAGCAAUGUUUAUAUGUUACGACUAUUAUGUGUAAUACAGUGGAAGGUCUCCAUUUAAUGGGAUUAAUGAUUUAUGGUAUAAUCCUAACUAUGUCUCUUCAGAAAUAUAUCCUGUUGAAUUCAAUGGCACGUACUCCCAAGUGAGCAGUGUUAGCCUGCAGCCCUGGUAGUUAUCCAUAUAAUUUCUACUGAGCAACUUUCAUAUUCAAAGGGUUGCAGUGUUUGAUUGUUAUUUAAAGUGUUUAUUAACUAUUGAGGGGAAAUUGUCUAUAUAUUUUUCUUUCAAAAAUAAUUUUCUCCUCCCUGUAAUCCAUAGAUGGGAUACUUGCAGCUUUUGAUGGUGGAAAAUUUCAAAUCAUGGCAAGGGAAACAAUGCAUAGGACCGUUCAAGAAAUUCACAUGUGUCAUUGGUCCCAAUGGUUCAGGUAACGUGAACAAUUCAGACAGGCUUCUCUCCUGUUUAUCCUGUGUAUUAUUUGUUGUCUGUGAUGUACCAAGCAAGAUUUAUUGUAUGCUACUUUGAAUGUUAAAAGGUGGCUCACAAAUGGUUUUAAUGAAAUACAUUUUUAAAAAUUGAUUUGGUCGAAUGUACCGGUAGUUCUGCCUACCCAAAUUGAUUAAUCUAUAUUAAUAUAACCCAUUGUAAACUAAGCUGAAUAAACUAGCCCUCUAGGGAAAGUUUGCAGAAGGUUUCUCAGUUUGUGAGACAAUGGCUGUUACUCAAAUAUCAAGCUUUGAAAAGCCUUUAGCCCCCACCAAUAAUGCCUUUGAGGAUCUUUCCAUUCUUACCCCAAUAUAGAAUUCUUCAUAUCCAGUAUGAUAUACCUGCUAAGUCUGUAGGUGGCAUAUGCAUGGCUGAGGUUGCAAUGUUUAAUCUUCUGAGUUCUUCCGAGGUAUCCUCUGUGCUUUUCUCCCUUUUUUCACUGGAACUACUCUGUGACCCUUACUUUCCUCCCCAUAUGCUAUGCUUAAAUUCUGUUUUAAGCAUAAACGAGCUGUCUUAUAUACUUAAAUUCAUAUUAAAAAUAGAAAGUAAAAUACAAGCUUAUUCAACCUUAAUUACUGAGGUAAUACUUCAUUUUAUGUUGUAGAGAGAGAAAGUGGGGCUCAAAAAGAGGAGUUAACUUACAGCUGAGUAAGCUUAUAGGUGGCUUUCAUUUCAAAAUGUUUUAGAAGAGAUAGUUCCUGUCUCUUCUAAGAUGGUACCUGCUAUGGCAGGUUUUUAUAUGUUACAGAAAAAUAAUACAUGUUUUUUCCCUUACGAAUUAUUAUUAAAAUUAAUUUAUCAUUAAUUUUUAUAAUAGUGCUGAAGGAAAAAAACUCUUAUAUAAUAUAAUUACCCUAUAAAUUACCAAACCAAGACUUGGGGGUAUGUGGUAAUGAUUUCAAUGUUUUCUACAGUGAAGUCUUUGCUGUUUGUGCUUACGGUUAUCAGAAACUAGUAAAAUCCUAUGUUGUACUCCUAAUCUUCAAGACUAAAUUAGGGGAAAGAAAAGAGUAUAAUUUAAUAUUAAAAUUAGGCAUCUAUCAGUGUCAUAUCAAUGAAGCAGUUUUAUGGGGUUUCACGGGUUUCCAACUUUUUUUGGUCAGUAGGCACAUUUGGAAUUUUGAGAGCUCCGGUCACAAAAUGGCUGCUUUGGGCUAUGCAGUGUGGCAUAACAUAAAAUGGCUGCCACAUCUAAAAGAGCAGAAAGAGUACAGCAAAAUGGUACAAGCGUGCCCCUGCACCCCCUAUCAGUGGGGCAAAGGUACCUCUAGCAGCCACAACUGUGCUUGCUCACAAAAAGGCCCUUUUUGCCGAUCUCAUCCAUUCAGAACAGGAGGAAAGUGUCUCCAGCUCUGAAAUUUAAUGAAAUGUGAGUGUGAUUAAGAGAGCAAGCUCAGCACAGGAGAGGUUAGAGAUGUUGAAGGAAAACAAAUAGGAAAAUGGUCAGGGGGGCUCCAUUUUUUUCUGAAAAAAUGGGGGACACCACAUUUUCCACUUUUUUAAUGGACCUUCACAUCUUUACAGUACAUGAACUGGGCAGGAAGAGUGAGCAGACUCGCAUGCAUUGUGGGAUUUGGAAGGGAUGUUCCAUGAGAACUUUAGUGGGUGGUUGAGGAGGCGCUGGCAGGGAGGCAGAGAGACCCCAGCAGGUGUCAUGUUGGUGAUCUCUUGCUUGCACCAGUAUGGUGCCCCACACUCUGUGGGAAUUGCUGUGUGAGGCACUAUUUCAGAAAUUGCCUCCUUAUUUGUGUAUCUAGAGGUAUAAAAAUGUAUUAUAAAGAAGAAACCUGAGUUAUAUAGUCUCCUGUUACCCGUUCUAGUGGUUUUUAGUCAUAAAAGUACAGUGCAAAACUGUUUCAAACUGUAUCUAUGGCUGAUAGCAAAUCUGAUUAAAGUUCAAUAUGGCUUAGUAAAAUGUGCGUAGAAGUGUGUGCUAAAUUGUGGAAUUAUACUAGGUCUGUUUAUAAUCUAACAUAAAAAUAAUGCCUGUGAGUUCAUUCUCACAACUAGGAGAUAAAACAUAGCUGUGGUGAUACACGAGUCAUGAUUCUUUGCCUGGUAUGAAUCAGAUAUUAGUCAGAAGUUUUAUCACACCACACAAUAUUUUAAGCUUUUUUUGUUGUUAUGGUUCAUUUAGUAUUGUUAAUGGUUUUGACAUGCCCUCAAGGUUUCAUAUCAUCAUGUAUACAGCAAGCCUUCAUUGUUAUUCUUGAACUUUGGCUAGGCAAAUGAAAUAGAAGUCAUCAAAUCUGCCUUUCAGCUCUUCAAAAAGUUGGGUUACCCACUAUGGAGUGUGUGAUGAAAAUUAACUUUCAAGCUUGGCUAACCUCAUUAAAUUAUGCCCUUAAAAAAAGAGGAUAGAAAGGAAUCUGAGAAUAACUUCAUUUCCCCCUAAAUUCGGGUAGAUGAUGCCCAACCCAUAGAACCAAGAAACUCUGUUGGACAUGUUUAGACAUACAUACUGUCUAAAGUUUAGUACAGACUGUCAAGGCCGUGCCAAUGGAUAAAAAUAUCUUAGUUUAAAGGGAAGUUUUUGAAUUAAGAGUCUCUUACAUCUGAUCUGAAAUGAAAAUAAAGAUACUUGUGAUUAUCUAAACUAUAUUUGAAAAGGGUAAUAUUUUGAUCUUUUAUACAACUGAAGGGAAAUCAAAUGUAAUGGAUGCACUUAGUUUUGUAAUGGGUGAGAAGACAUCUAAUUUGAGAGUGAGGCACAUCCAAGAACUGAUACAUGGAGCACAUAUCGGGAAGCCGGUUUCAUCUACUGGAAGUGUAAAAAUGGUGUACAUGGAGGAAAAUGGGGAAGAGAAAACAUUUUCAAGAAUUAUUCGAGGUGAGUGGAGUUUUUCUAAAUCAUGGGUAGGCAAACUAAGGCCCAGGGGCCCAAUCCGGCCCAAUCGCCUUCUCAAUCCAGACCGCGGAUCGUCCGGGAAUCAGCGUGUUUUUACAUGAGUAGAAUGUGUGCUUUUAUUUAAAAUGCAUCUCGGUUAUUUGUGGGGCAGAGGAAUUCGUUCAUUCCCCCCCCAAAAAAUAUAGUCUGGUCCCCCACAAGGUCUGAGGGACAGAGGACCGGCCCCCUGCUGAAAAAGUUUGCUGACCCCUGUUCUAAAUAGUGGGUAUGAAGUUUAUAUGGAAAAUAUAUAUAGAAGCUUUUCAUUAUAUAUGUUUUUAUUUUAAGAAGUAAUUAUAGAAAAAAAUAAAAUACAUUAGCAUAAUCAGCCACAUACAUAGAAGCUUUUAAGCUAAUUUGUAUGGUUAAAUAUAUAAUUACUUUAAAUUUUAAAAUAGCUUGCUUUUUAACUGCUGUUGAUUUUGCUUGUUCUUAUUUUUAGGUUGCUUUUUGUCUUGUUUUUAGGGUGUACGUUUAUCUUAUUUUGUACUGUGUCUGUUGUGUGUAAACCACCUUAUGUACUUCUGUAGAAAGGUGGAUUAUAAAUUCAUAUUAAUACUAUACUUCUGUCUGGUGUGCCUAAAUGUGAAUAUCUCAGUGAUUAGCUGUUAACGACUUCUGGGGCCAAAGGAAUUUGACAGUAGAAAGCAGACCUAUCACAGAGAUUAACACCUUGCAAAUGUUGAUGGCUCAGCUGCCUAAUUCUCAUUUCAGCAUAAGGCAGUCAGUGUUAAAUCUUACCCCCUCCAUUUCCCCCUAUUGUGACACACAAGCGCCUCCCCCCUCCCAGCCUCCAUCCCACCAAAGGGAGGACAAGCAGGCAAAAAGCUUUUUCUUUCUUUCUUUCCCUUUUGUUUAUAUGAGGGAAGCUAUUUAGGGCCAACAAACGUCUUAAUUUUACACAGGGGGAAAGGGGGUUCUGUCCCAGCCUCAGAUGGGCAUUAAAGGCACCAGGAAGGGGAGAGAAAUGACACAAGGACACACAUAGAAGGGGAGAAAAGAGAAAGAGUCUUAAAUAACAGGGCAACUUUUUCCCCUCUUACUCUGAAGAAAACAACCAGUUUCUUUUUUCAUGGUGGGUAAGGAAGGGGCAAAAGGGAAAGGGGCUCUCAGCAAGAAGCCCCAAGCCAGCUCAGAGCAGCAUCUCUAAAUAACACCUACCAGCCUGGCCCGCCAGCCCUACUUUAAGCAAGCAGAACCUCAGGUGUCUGCUAAGUUUCUGCUGCUGGCUGGCUGGCUACUGCUUUCCCAGCUGCUUUCUAAGUGUCCUCUGCUCUUGUGAUUAGUUGCCUCUGCAGCAGGCAUUGGAGCUGAGCUGCUGCUCGCUGCAGAAUGGGGGGUGGGGUGGGGAGCCUGUUGUGAAGGCUGCUACACCUACUCUUGUGAGUCACUCGCUGCCCUCAGGAGGCAGCGGAAGCGCUAAGAAUCACUAGCUGGCUACAUGGUUUCCCCAAAAUUGGGAUGUUUGCCAGGUGACAUUUUAUGAAACCAUUAUGAUAUGGACUUCAAAACCAGUUUUGGAUUGAUAUAUUGGUCCCCAUCACUCGGUUAAGCCAUUAAUGUCAGUCUUGUCUGGUCAUGCACUGCAAAGCUGCAGGUUAUGAGCACCUUCUCCUUACAUACUUUCACUUAGUGUAGUGUCUAGCAAUGUCUCCCCACUUACCUCCACCUUCUGGAUUCCCUUGCCUCUAAGCCACAUUUGUUGUUUCACGUUUGAGACUUUCUUGGGAAGGCACCAGACAGUAUCCAGCUUGGAAGGAAAUAUUUGUAUGUUUUCAAUCACAGUAAAAGGUUUGGGAGAACCCAGUACAGUUAAAAGAAGACCCAUGACACAAGGCAUUCUUGUUGGUUUUUCUGGAAUGCUAGUAGAUGACCUGGGUCUCACAGGAAUGGUGAGACAACAGGCUUUGCCUCCCAUUGCUUAGGAAGACGCCUGGUUCCUCCUGAGAUCCAUAACAAGCAACUUGUUUGGCUUUGAUGCUCCCUACUUAUUUUCGAAGGCAUGCUUCUAAGCUUUUUGCCAUCUGUGUGUAACACGAGCAUACAUGUGAAUGCAUGCACUAGUGCAAGAGCAGAUCUGGUAACAGUUCAGAACUAAAGACCACGUCAGAAAGUAAUGAACUGUUUUCUUGGCUUGAGUAGUCAUUAUCUCUUUCAAAAUGGAUGGAUUGUAUAAUCUGCUCUUUCUUCCAAAACUAGGCAGUGGAUCUGAAUUCCUUGUUAAUGACAAGAUUGUCAGCAGAUCUGUUUAUACAAAGGAACUUGAAGAAAUUGGUAUAAUUGCUAGAGCAAGGAAUUGCCUGGUUUUUCAGGUAAAUAUUUGUGGUGUAAUCUAAUGUAUCAGGAAACUAGAGCAUAACUUGACAGAGGUCUCUGCAGCUUCAGAGGCAUGGAAGAAUCUGGGGAGUAGAAUGUGUGACAUCCUGUGUCCUGCAGCCUCACACCCAUUGAUAGAUUGAAGCAGGUACUGUAUUAGCCUUGUAUUUUAGCACCAGCUUAGCAGACAUGCAAUGAAUUGUGUGCAGAGGAAGGAUAGAGUGCUCUGCCUUUGCCUGUGUCUGGCAUAGAAACCAAGCAGGGCUACCAGAGGGCGAAAGCCGCCUCCUCCUUGUUCAGCAUAGAAAUGUGGCAAGCUGUUUUCAGCUCCCAGCAGGCUAGUAAACAUUUUUUGCAGACUAGUUAUUUAGACUUUCUUACAGAACAAGUUCAGAAGCUUUUGUUUCCUCUUAACAGUUUCUGCUUAACUACACUAGAAUUGUGGUUAACAUUAACUGUGGUUAGUUGCAUCGCAAGCCAUAGUUUGAACCUAUAAUAAUAACACAUAAAAUGACAAUGUGAAGAAGCUCAGUGUUGGAAAAGCAGAAACAAAAGCUUCUGAAUUUACCCUGGUCAUAGAAGAGGAGGAAAUGGGGGGUGCACAAGACCAAAGCUAGUUGUGGUUUGUUUUUGCUUGUGCAUAUCAUGCGAAACCAUAGUUUAAUGUAGGAGUGAGAAACUUCCAGCUUGCUGGCCUCACCAAGUCCACCAGGCUUCACAGAUUGGACAGGCUGUUUCGGACAAACUAGCCACCUUUCCUGUGUCUGAUGUUUAAAACUGCAGUUCCCAGGAUUCUUUGUGUGGUCGGGGAAAGUGCUUUGAAUGUACUUUACAUGUUCGGUGUGUAUGUGGCCGAAGUUUGUUCCCAAUUCUUUAAAUCAGAUGAUGGUUUCAUAUGACAUGCAAACAUGGUCUUUGUUUUUAAUCCCUUUCUCAUUUUUGUUGCUGGUGACAAGGUUUUGCUUCAGUUUUAAUGCUUUGUAAUUCUGUAGUUUGAUCCUACUUCACUGUAGGGUGAAGUUGAAACAAUUGCUAUGAAGAAACCCAAGGAAAGAACUCUACUUUUUGAACAAAUUAGUCAUUCAGGAGAACUUGCUGCUGAAUACGCAGAAAAGAAGAAGAAUAUGCAACAGUCAGAGGAAGAGGCACAGUUUAGUUAUAACAAGAAGAAAAAUGUUGCAGCUGAGCGCAAACGUGCCAAGUUGGAGAAGGAGGAGGUAAUUCAAAGAAUAGCACAAAACAUUUGGCUCUUAAAGUUUGUGUGCGAAGUUUAGCAAUAUUGUUUUUGGUUCUUAGGUGGUGUUUUUAUUGUUUUCGGUAGAAAUUCAUGAUUUAAAUCAGUGUUUUCUAAAUAAUUUCCCAUUAUAGAGAUUUAGCUCAUAAGCAUAAGCACCAGCAUUAUUGUGCCAAAAUAUGUUUCCUCUGAAUUUACUUUAACUAUUUGUGCAGAAAUCUUAUAAAUCAAGUUUCAUUUGACAUUUUUCUUUGCUUCUCCUGGUUCUGAGCUGAGAAUCGUGUCUGGUUCUUCUUGUUCAACAGUAGAAAUAAUAAUCAACUAAAAUAAUCAACGGCUCUGCAAUAUCAGCAGUGGUGUAGUUUCUAAGGCAAAAGAAAAUGAAAGAAAAAUAAACUGCUCUUUCUGUUUUCCCAGUUUCUGCUCAGCCCUCUUCCUACCUGCUGCUUCCCUCCCCCUUCCCCCAUAGAUCCAGCUUCUCCUUUUUUCAGUGCUUCCCUGGCAGCUGCUUUUCCUACUUCCCAGGCCCACCUUUUCUUUUUCAGCCAGCAUACUUACUCUGUCUCCACUUCUCCUUCUGUCCCUACCAACCAACCACCUGGUAAUGGAAUCUGUCCAAUCAGAAGGGAAGUAACUGCAAACAGUGAAAGCUAAGUAAAGAAGAGCUGGACCUUGAGCAUGCAGCAGGAGGAGUGUGCACGACAGGGUGUGGAUUGGCCAUACCCACAGCAGGCAUACAGUUUCCAGAGGUUUGACCAUAAGAAAACCUGGCCCUUGGACCAAAGAAGGUUAGCCAUACCUGUUUUAAGGAACAGAAGAGACUUUCUGGCCUGCUUUGGUGCAGAUUGAAACUGGCCCUUAUGGCAGGCAUGCCAGUCUUUAACCUAGACCUGGCCUUAAAGUGUGUAUCCCUGUGUAUCCCUGCUAUGGAUCUGGCCCUAUCCCUCUAACACCUAUAACCGGUUGUGACAAACUAAAGAAUAAUAAAAUUAAACAAUUAUCAAAUAAUAUUGCUAUGGAGAAGGCAAAACCUAUGAAUGGAGUGUGUUUCCUUUCCAGCUCUGUUAACCAGUGGCUAACAUUUUAUCCGUAUCAAGGUGGUGAGUGUCGUAAGACAGGAGAGGCUGGGAGAGAGAGUUGACAACAAUGCCUAGGCCAUGCCCCUGAUAGAUUGUCGAGGCAGAGAUCAGGGUAGGAGACCUUCCUUCUCUGAUUCACACAGAGACCCAGCCUGCAGGAAACCAGCACUCAGAGCUUGGGCUGCAGCAUGGCCAGGUGGUGGUACCCAUCUGCCCUUCAUCCACCCCUCCCCCCACAAAAACCACUGAAACCUUUGGUAUAGUGAUGUCUAUUAAGAAAUUUCUAAUAUUUACAAAUACUGUUUUAAAGAUUUAAAUAUAUAGGCUGCAUCUAUAAAUCACAAAUUAUUACUAAUAUAUAUUGUAUGUAUAUUUAAUAUAACUGAAAUAAAUGCAAGUUUUUUGUUUGGCGCUUUGCUUGCAACUUUUAACUACCAAUAUCCAUUGCUGUUGAAUAUCAGUUAGCUGCUAAUGAUUUGGUUGUUUACAGGCAGAGCAUUACCAGAUGAUGUUUGACAAGUUAAGGGAAUGCAGAGAGAAGCUGCAAAUGUUCAAGCUGUAUCACAAUGAACAAAAAAUUAACUUUCUGAACAGCAAAUUGGCUGCAAAAUACAAGGAUAUUGAUUCUAACAAAACUGCUGUUUCCCAUGCUGAAGAUGCAGUGGGAGCCAAGAAAAAAGCGCUUGGAGCAUUAAAUAGAAAACAGCAGCAGAUCGAAAAAGAAAUAAAGUAAGUGCAUAAAUUAACAUUGUUGGGAAAUGUUUGUUUUUACCCAUCUCUCAGAAUGCUGUGCUACACCUAAUGGGUGUUGCUGGUAUGUGAGGAUUUUGUUUCCCCAUUUUCACGAGGCAGUAUAAUGUUGUGAAAUGCUUUGAGUGGGAAUGCUUCUAUUUAAUCUCUUUCAGCUCUCCAGAGCCAGCCUGCUGAAUCUGGAGAUUAUGCAAAGCCUCAGUUUCUAUUUACUGACUAUUGCUAAGAAGCUAAAAUCCCAGAGAAGUUCAAUAUAUAUUUUUUAAAUCUGAUUUCACCCCUUCCCUUGCCAAUCCCAGCUUCUUAGCAUAACAGAAGAGUGAACAAAGCCUUGAAACCCAACCUUAUGCCAUCACAAAACAGGACUGUCCAGGGCCACUUUUCUGACAUUUCAGAAUAUGAAUUCCCAGAUUCCCCUUACUCCGGUUAAGGGCAAGGGUUCUUCUAAACCUAUCAGCUCUCUACCUAGGGACCUGGGUAGAAGUGAGACAUUUCUUCCUGAGACUCAAGAGCCGCCUCAGGAGACACCUCAUGACUUAGAUAAGGAGAGAGGCCAGGGGAAUGAUUUGCCCAGUGAGGAGGUUAAGGGAGCCAGAUUAUUUAACGCCUUGGUUUAUCGUCAAGGCCUUUUCCACCUUUUCCAGUGUGGUUAUGUCCUCUGCUUAACCAGUUCCAGCAAAGGCACCAUCCCGGGCAGCUUCAGUCUCUGCAUCUGUCAAAGUAUCUCAGAAGGCAGCCUCUUUCCCUGCAAUAUUAAAGGAUGUAGCAGAAUCAGAGUGACCCUCCCCCUUGAGUACUUAGAAAUCAGAUGUGUCCCAGUAUAUUAGAUUAACCAGCCAUGGGCUUUUUUAUAUGGGCAUUGGGCAGAAUUUCCAGGUAGAUCUCUGGGUGAUUUGAAUAAAGUAACCCACUAAAUGGAUGUCUCCUGAUGCCAACCUUGAAGUCAUAUUCAAAGUAAGUGGACCGAUGUUUAUUUGUCAUGCUGUGGAAAAACGUUGAUGACUUUAAUGGAGCCUUUCAAAAUUCUUUCUUGAAUUCCUUUGAAAAGUACUUUGUUCAAAGAUCAAAAUAUAUCCCUUUUUAGGUCUCUGGAAAUUUUGCUGAAUCAAAAAAGACCUCAGUAUAUUAAAGCAAAAGAAAGAACCUCUUACCAAAUAAAAAAAGUAGAUACAGCUAAGAAAGAUUUAAAAGAUCAUAUGAAAGAACAGGCUAAGAUGGAAGAAAACAAAAAAGAACUAGAGACAGAACUGAUGGAUAUUGAUAAAGCUUGGAAAGCAUAUGAAAAAAAGGUUGAAGAGGAAGCACUGCACCAAGGGAGAGAGGUUUUGCUAGAAGAAAGUCAGGUAAAUUUCAAAACAAGCAGAAAAAUGCUCAAGCUUUAACUUUAGGUAGCUUUAGACAUAUACUUAACACAUCAGGGGUUCGUUGUUUUCACCAUUUCAUUUUAAAUUCUUUUUAAUUCGUUUUUGGAGUGAUUAUUAUUUCUUAGCCACAUAAAUCAGGAAGUUGUUGCAGUAGAUAUUCAUUAUCUUUUGUAUGUAGAAUAUUAAAUGAUGUUGGGUUUUUUUGUUUCUAGUAUCCCAUAUAGUCCUACAUGUUAUUUUAAAAAGUUAAUUAAAAGCAGAAAUAAAAUAAUUUUAAAUACCUUAAAUGGACAAUGAUUUGGAAAAUUCAAGCUAUAAAAUUACUACAUGGUGGAUUUUUUAAAAAAAGAAUAAUAUUUUACUGAUUGCUAUUGAGCACUUUAUAAACUUGGUAAAUAGCUUUUAUGAAGCAACCUGGUAAUGUAUGUCCGAUCUUGUGUCCAGAUACGUAAAUAUAAGGAGCUGAAAGAACUAGUUAGGAAAAAAGUAGCUGUAUUGACUCAGCAACUGAAAAAACUGCACUUGGAGCAAAAGGCAGAUGAGGACAAGAUGGCAUUUGAGCAGCGGAAACAGAGAGAAGUUGAGGUACUUGUAAAUAAUAACAAACCAAAAAUUAUUUUGGGGCAAGAGUUGUAUUCAACCUGUUGGCCCCCUUGGUUUUCAUAUUUCUAUGUUAAUACUGCACUUGCUGUGCAGUUCAAGAAACAGUGUAUUUUCAUGCAUUCAGUUUCGCUAACAAACAGCACCAAGGCAGUUUUUCUCUGCCCUCCCUAUUGCAUCUAGUUAGUCCCGUAAAGAAUAGUGAUUGAUGAAGAUCCCAGCACAUAAUAGUCCUCCAAUGAUCUUUGCAUGGCAGAGUUGAGGAAAUUGAGGAUGGAAACUUCAAUUGUUCUGGAAACAAAAUGGUGUAGUGGGAAGGCAACUGGAUAGAGAUGCAACCUUCAGGGGAAAAGGGAGCUGGAGACUGAACAACUGCAGGUGUUCCUUCAUGAGACUGAUUAUCUAGAUCUACUACAGUCUGUGUUCAGGCCCAGUUUCAGAACUGAAUCAGCCUUGGUUGCCCUGAUGGAUGACCUUUAUUGCGAGAGGGACAUGGGAAGUGAGACCCUGUUACUUUUGCGUGAUCUCUCAGUGGCUCUUGAUACUGUCAACCUUGAUAUUCUCCUGGACUGACUUAGUGGGAGGGAUAUCAGAGGCAGUGUAUGACAGUGGAUCUGCUUGUAUCUUGUCCAGUAGUGUGUUAAUAAUUUUUUUAUAAGUAAGUGGGAGACCAGGGAGAGAAAAAAGAAGGCUUACAAGCUUCACAGGGGGAGAAACUUGCCUGUUGUGAAAGAUGCUAAUCUGAAGAGCUUUAGGGUACCAGGGACCCACCAGGCAGACUCUCAGGUAAAUGAAUGCUUUGGGGCUCUGAGAGCUUCCUCUAGCAAACUCACAAUGUUUCCUCUAAUAGACUUUUCAAAGCGAGAUCCUUCAUUCUAAAGCCACUAGCAUUUUAGAGGUAGAAGAGAGACAGUUUGUUACUGUUCGUGGCAUUGAUUCUCUCAAGCCCAGAAGACCUGAAGAUGUGUUUCCAGUACAAAUGGGCAGUGUUACAUAGAUUGUCUUCUGAAUCAUUGGCUCUGUUUGGGGGAAGGGUUAAUAUGGUCUGCUCUGGUCAGACCUCACCUGGAGUACUGUGUCCAGUUCUGGGCACCACAGUUCAAGAAGGACACUGACAAACUGGAACGUGUCCAGAGGAGGGCAACCAAAAUGGUCAAAGGUCUGGAAACGAUGCCUUAUAAGGAACGGCUAAGGGAGCUGGACAUGUUUAGCCUGGAGAAGAGGAGGUUAAGGGGUGAUAUGAUAGCCAUGUUCAAAUAUAUAAAAGGAUGUCACAUAGAGGAGGGAGAAAGGUUGUUUUCUGCUGCUCCAGAGAAGCGGACACGGAGCAAUGGAUCCAAACUACAAGAAAGAAGAUUCCACCUAAACAUUAGGAAGAACUUCCUGACAGUAAGAGCUGUUUGACAGUGGAAUUUGCUGCCAAGGAGUGUGGUGGAGUCUCCUUCUUUGGAGGUCUUUAAGCAGAGGCUUGACAACCAUAUGUCAGGAGUGCUCUGAUGGUGUUUCCUGCUUGGCAGGGGGUUGGACUCGAUGGCCCUUGUGGUCUCUUCCAACUCUAUGAUUCUAUGGUCAUCUGUCAUGGAUGCUUUAGCUGAGAUUCCUGCAUUGCAGGGGGUUGGACUAGGUUACCCUCGGGGUCUCUUCCAACUCUAAAAUUCCAUGUUAAUGGUUGAUUGGAUGCCAAAUUAUGCCCAAAAUGGUUUAUUCAGCAGCAUUGCAUCCUGAAGUUCUUCCAGUUGGUGGGAGGGUUAAGUACAGAGUGCUUUGCUUUGCUCUGUCUCUGAAGUAAGUCAUAGGAGCAAUCCAUCCCCUGGAUAACUUCCAUCCACUAGGGAGAGGAUAAGGGUAAGCUUCACAUUCCUUUUUGAUAAAGUAGUAUCUUUUGACAUUCUGUUUUUGUUUAGGCAAGUAUGAAGCAAGUUAUGGAACAGAUAGAAGAUCAUGAAAAGCGGAUAGAGAAGUUGACAGAGUAUAGCAGCACAUGUGUGUAUGUAUUUAUAAAAUCUGAUUAAAUUUAAAUUCAUCACUUUUUGCACAAACAUGAGCUAUUAGAUUAAAAUAUUUUGAUAGUUCUUUGUUUGGUUUUCCCCAUAAACCCUAACCCCAUAAACCAUAGUAUAUUAAAGGGAGAGCAUUGCAUGCAAAUCUACAGGUGUAUGCUGUAUAGUUUUGAGAUGUAAACUGGCUUUCUGCAUAUACCCAGGUAAACUCAUAGAGCUCUGGAGUGGGCUGAGUUUCAUAAGUUGACUGGGGAUAUUAUUUUUAAUACGUAUAAAAUUUAUAUCCUACGUUUUCUCCCAAAUGAACCCAGGGUGACUGUCAGGACACUGUCAGAGGCUCCUGGCUGGUUGCCCUCUUUCAGCGGGUCUAGGAAGGCUUCCUCACAGAGGGAAGCAUUCAUCACCCCGUGGAGCCCUUCCUGGCUCGCUUUUAUGAGCCAGAAUGGGCAAAGAUUAAGGAGACAGGUGGUCGGUUUCACUCGUCCAAGCAGCCUGUCCACACCUAUACUGUCUUCCAUCUUCUUCCUCCCUGAAGGGUCAGGAUGGGGAGGUAGUCUCCACCAUUCCUACUCUGCCCAGUUCCUGACAGUGACAGACAAUACAGUAGUAAGAACAAUACUCUCUCCCAAUAUAUCUGUAUGAGCAAGGUUGUUUUGGUGCUAACACCACUUGAGGUGAAAAGGAUAAUGAAAGAGCAUCUCCACCCCCCUCGUUCAGCCCAGAUACUGAGGUCCAGCUCCGAGGGCAUUCUGGCAGUUCCCUGACUGCGAGAAGUGAGGUUACAGGGAACCAGGCAGAGGUCCUUCUCGGUAGUGGCACCCGCCCUGUGGAACGCCCUCCCAUCAGAUGUCAAGGAAAUAAAGAACUAUCUGACUUGUAGAAGACAUCUGAAGGCAGCCCUGUUUAGGGAAGUUUUUAAUGUCUGAUGUUUUAUCGUGUUUUUAAUAUUCUGUUGGGAGCCACCCAGAGUGGCUGGGGCAGGGUAUAAAUUAAUAAUAAUAAUUAUUGUUAUUAUUACUGGUCUUACAUAUGUACAUUUUUGUAAUGGAUAGAAAGUGCCCUACCCAGCCAGGAAGGUUACUGUGCAAGGUGUGGGGGUGGGAUGGGGAGAUGCUUGUCUUAAGAAUUUAGUUUAGUAAGUUUUACAUUUGGGGGGUCUUUCUCUCACUUGAAUGUAUCUUUGGUUCAUACUGUUUUUCACUGUGGACACUUUGGAUGAUCAGGAAUUUUCUCCCAUGGUAGCUUUUUCCAGAGAGUUGUACUUCUAUUUGCAGAUCCAGAUUCUGUUACUGAGUGUCCCCACCUAAGAUCAUUUACCUAGGGGUCAGGUAAAAACACUGUUGCAUAAGAACAACCAAGAGCCUUAAAGUGCAAUCCUGAUUGUUCCUUGGCAAGCAGGGUUUCUAUUUGGCACUAAAUGCAGCCCUGCUAGGACUGGCUUUUCUUGGCAGCUCCCAAAUGGAGCCCAUCCCUGCUGAAAGUGAUGACAAUCUGUUGAUUGGCAGGUACUUCAAGCCCUGCUUGAUUUGACUGGGAUCCUCCCUUGAAGGAUGACCUUCAGGAUUCAUGGCAGUAUUGCUUAGUUGACAUUAAACUAAUUGGGCUGCGUUUUUUACCAUUUUGCUUUGGUUUGAAGUGAAUCUUUAGCAGAGAAAAAACAGGAAGAAGUAACACUCACAAAUGAAAUUGAAAGGUCAAAGACACGAAUGACUGAGUUAAACGAAGAACUGAAUAAAAUUGUCAGUGACUUGCAUAAUGCAAAAAUCGAUGUCCAUGAGGGGAAACGCCAGAAGACAAGGGCUGAAAACUUGGAGAGCCUCAAAAGACUAUAUCCUGCUCACGUGGUAACUAGAUGGACUCAUUGUUACAUUUUAAUGUGUUCAGUAGACUUCAGAAUUUCGCCUUGUGAAUAGCCGGUUGUCUUUAUCAUGUUUCCUACUUGAUAAAUGCUGAGAAGUGUUGAACAUAAGUGCAACUGAGAACUAGCAAACCAUUUUUGAGUAUCAGUAUUUUCCUAACUGGGUAAAGAAAGUAGCACUAAGGUGGCUACAUAACUUUUAUGCUCACUAAAAGUAAGAAACUAGUAGCUAGCUAGCUAUUUCAUAAAAUAUAUACCCCGCCUGAUUAAAAAUAAAUAAAUCUCAACUUGGUUUACAAAAAGAAACUAUGAAACCACAAGAAUGUUUCUCCAACUGGCAUUGUGGGACAAGAGGAGCAGGAGGUUGGAAGCUCCCUGCUGAACCGCUCUGAGAUGGGUGGACAACGCUAGGAGCCAAUCCUAGUUUUUCCAUUGUAUCUGACUGUCCAUACCGUUGGGAGGAGUAUUGUGCUUUUCCUGCGUCUAUGUUGCAUCAGCACAGGUGAACAUGAUGUUGAGGCUGUGGAGAAGGUGCAGUUCACCUGAGCAAUAGUUUAAUUCUUGGCACUCAUUCACUUUAAUCUUUGCAGAUUAAAAAAUACGUUUUUAUUUUUAACAAAUGAUCACUAAAACAUUCCAUACACCCCCUUUUAAAUAAAUAAAUAAAUAAAUAGAAAGAUAGAUAGUGUUUUAAUUAUUAGAAUAUCACUGACGCACCCAUUGCAGACACUGUCUUUUUAGCAAUGUGUUCAAUGGCUGCACUCAAAAUGAAUUUUCUAGACAAUAAAACAAUCCCUUUUAUUAUUAUCGUUAUGGCAGUGAUGCCCUCCAGAUGAUGAUGGACUACAGCUCCCAUCAUCCUUGACCAUCGCUCUUGCUGGCUAAUAGCUUGAGUCCCACAGCGUCUGGAAGCCUCACAUUGGCUAGCCAUAUAGUAUGAUAUUAGGUCUCUCAUUCAAGUGGUUUUCCACUGAGCUAAAGCUGGGAAAGUGUUUUAGCAGCAAUCACAAGUUUAUUUAAAAAUAGUGUGAUAAAACAUUGCCAUAGUAAUACACCAACAUACCCAGAGGUUUCUAAGAUGCUCCACAUAGUAGGUUCUCAUAUGUGCUCAAAUAAGGUUCAUUUAGGUAGAAUGCAGUGAAUGUCUUUUCAUAAUGGAUUUACUGCUCUUAAAAACAUUCCUGUAUUUGCUUCUAGAAUGAGGAUUGUAAGGUUCGGUUUUUCUGAUGCCUCUUGAAAAUGGAUGCUUCCAUCAAGGGGAAAAAAAUGCAAUUUUAAUUGAAAAAAAUGGGAAAUUAGCUAAAAUGAAAUGUGUGCUGUACAAACUCAAAAGAUCAGUUUGCUUAUUAUUGCUGUUCUGUUUUUAGUUUGGAAGACUGCUUGACUUGUGUCACCCUAUCCAUAAAAAAUAUCAGCUUGCUGUCACCAAAGUUUUUGGCAUGUAUAUGGUUGCGAUUGUUGUGGCUUCAGAAAAAGUAGCUAGAGAAUGUAUUCGUUUCCUCAAGGAACAAAGAGCUGAGGCUGAAACUUUCCUUCCUUUAGAUUACCUUAAGGUAUAUUAUUAGUUUUUUAUUCACAAAGCUGAUUGGGGAUUACUUUGACAUCUAAGAAAUUUUGUUAGUUUAAAUUUGCUUUAAAAAUAUUUUGUAAGAUGUGACUGUAGUCUUAGAAGAUUUUGUACAACAAUUAAAGUGUCUAGGUUUGUAUACUUGGUCUCUCUGUGGCUCCUUAUGGGCCCAAUUAAUAUUGCUUUAUUAAUUUAUGAGUGUCUGAAAGCAUGUUUCGUAUGUUAGAAACAAAAUCUGAUAGGAUACUUGUAAUCUUUGUUACAGGCUCUUUCAUUGUAUUUAAGUAACCUUUUCUAAACAUUUUUAUUUAGGUAGAACCAAUCAAUGAACAGUUGAGAGAGAUGAAAGGAACUAAAAUGAUGAUUGAUGUUAUACAGACAUCGUUUCCUGCACUGAAGAAAGUAAUUCAGUUUGUUUGUGGGAACGGUUUAGUAUGUGAGACAGUACAGGAAGCAAGACAAAUAGCAUUUGAAGGACCAUACCGACUUAAAGUAAGCACAAAGAACCUCACUUUUGAAAUAAGACUUCCUGUUGGCUUUUAACACGCAAGGUACAUGUUCAGAAGAAUCAUGGAGCUCAUCUUUCCAGAACUAUAUAACUUGAAAUGCUAGCCAGUGCCAGAAACAGUUUAUACAGCUAAAAUAGGCUAGACUAAAACACUUCCCCCUGACAUGAUAACACUGGUGGUCCUCUGAACAUUUGCUUUUGAAAAUUUGUCAGUUUUAUCUAUUUUGAUUAUUUUGUUAUAGCUACUGUUUUUAUUGCUGUUUUAAAUUAAAAUAAAGUGUUAUAUAAAAUAUAAUGCUAGGUUGGCAGGAGCUGGAACAGAGUUUAUAAUCUAAUGACACAUUAGCUACUGAAGUUAAACAUUGUCCCACUGAAUAGGUAAAAUAGAAACCUUCGGAGCUUAAAAGUCAUCAUACACACCAGGCUCAUAAGACAAUUGACAUCCAGUGCAGGUCUUUUAAAAUUGCUGUUAUAUGAGACCAGCCAGAGGUUCUGGUUAGGUUUAAGCUAGCCAGAGGUUAUCACAUAUACUACCUUUCAUCCAAGAUACAGGAUAGUCAGAUACACACUGUAUUAUAUAAUUGUCUUAAUCCUGAACUAUUUCACUGGUUUUAUGUCCCAUUUCUUUGUGUUUUAUUGGAAGGCAAAAUUGAUUUGAAUAUAGCUAGUUUGGAAUAUCCACCCCCCCCCAUAUACUUGUCCUCACCUCAGUCCAGGAAUUGUUAGUAUACUUAUGCCUAAUUGCCGUCUAGUAAUAUUGAUCAAUUCAGAAAAAAGUGUUUAAUUUUCAGACAGUGGCUCUGGAUGGAACUUUAUUUUUGAAAUCUGGUGUAAUCUCUGGCGGCUCAAGUGAUUUGAAAAAGAAAGCUAGAUACUGGGAUGAAAAAGAGGUGAAUGAACUUAAAGAGCAGAGAGAGAAGCUGAUGAAUGAACUAAAGGUAAAGCUAUGGAAAUUAUGUCCAACAGUAUCAGUGUUUGAAACUCCCAUUGUUCUAGGUGCGUUUUGCCACAAACUACAGAAUGGAAGGAAAGGAGGACCUUUUUCUGCCUCCCCACUUCCAGCCACUCUCUGAAGACUGGAGAAGAGACCCUCUUCAGAAUAUUAGGGAGGGCAGGGGAAGCAUGGCUUUGUUUUUUGCAGAUGAGAUCAUUUGAAAUGAACAUAAUAUUUUAGCUGUAGUUCAUUCUUUUUCAGCUUUGUAUUUUUGUUUUUAAAAAAGCGUGCCUAGACAUUCCGUUGUUGGGCCCAUAACCUAAAUUUAAGGUGCCAGAGUAUCCUAAUAUCAUUACUGUAAUACUGUAAAAGGAACAAUUCAACUUUUGAUGAAUUGAUUCAAUUUUUCCCCUAAUGAACACGUUUUUGAAAUGCAAUUUCCCAUAAUAUUAUGCAUUUUUUUGUUAUUUUCACUAAUGCAUGCAUUUCAAUGCAUAGCUUCCCCAAAUAAGUACAUUCUUGUACAUAUUACCCGGCUGGAGAACUGCACCGCAAAUUUGUUACAGAAAGUGUGAUUUAGGUAGGUUUUCCUCUAAAUGCAAACUAAAUCAGAUUUCUCUCCGAUACUUAGGACUUGAUGAAAAUCAAGCGCAAAGAGGCUGAUUUAAAGCAGUUGCAAGCUCAAUGCCAAGGAAUUCAAACACGACAUAAAUAUUCGCAAAAUGAACUAGAAGUUAUUAAAAAAAAACAUAUUGCUAAUUUCUAUAAGGUAAUAUCAAACUCUCAGGUGGCUGUUUUCCUUGUCUGGGCAAAAUGACUUGCUUUUUGGUUUUAACUAGGACAUCUUAAAUGGUAACAUAAUUGAGGUUUUUCCUUUACCCGUUGAAGAAAUAGAAGUAAUAUUUUUUUAAAAACCCAUAAUUUAGGAGGGAAUGUUUCUAUUGGGAGACUUCCAUUUUUAUACUUUUAUACUCUAAACAUGAAGUCUGCAUUUAGAUGAACAGGAAACUAAACGUUGGCCUUUUUGUGUUUGGGUGUUGGAGUGGGGGUGGCUUCUUCUGAUCUCCGGACUGGCUUACUUUUUUAUUGUGCCAAGGACUGCACUGCCCUUGAUCAAUCAUCCAGGGGCCACAGUUUAAAAGUGAGUGCAACCACAUUUUUGUCAAUUUUGUUUAUAAAGGACAAAUCUUGGGAGGGUGAAGAGGACAUAAAAAACUUCUGUCAUCACAGUAGCAUAGUGAAGUUUACCUUUGGAAGGAGUCAAUAAAACAAUUUCUUUAAAUUAAAUUUUAAAUUAUUUUGUAAAUUGAGAAAUUUAGGUUGGAUUUGUCUGGCCUCAAACAUGUUGCUCUCACCAGUUACAGCAGGAACCAGUUACAGCAGUAACAAAUUAUUUCUAAGAAUUAAUAUCAUUAAAAUCAUUAAAUGUUUAAAAAAGAAAAAUGGAAGGCCCCACAAAAAGCCUUUUUUGGCCUCAUGGUCUCAUAGUGGGGAACCCAUAGAGCAGUUUUAGGGGAGGCCUCACCAAAAAUGGUUUUGGGUACAAAAUGCAGCCAUUGGACUGCAGGUUAGCUACCUAUGUUCUGAUAGUUACAUUUGCAGUACAAUUGUGUGGUUCCAGAAUAAAAUAUCCUCACAACAUAAAUAAUUAAAACAGUGAGACUAGUUCUCCAUUGUUUUUAAAGACUGUUCAUAUUUAUUUGUGUUUAGGAAAAAUCUAUGUUGGAAAGUGUACUAUUAAAUAGCCAGUCAGAACAUGUGAUGUUGAAUGAAGGAGUUUUACAAAGAGCUGUUAAAAUGGAUGAACUCCAAAAGAAAAUUAAUGAGGUAUAAGAUUUUCAUUCAUGGCAGCAUAUAGAAUCAUAGAAUGGCUGUCUUACGGCAAUUGGUUGUAGAUGUGUGUUCCUUGUGUGGCUGCUUCUGAAACCCACUGAUCUAAGGGGAAAGCUCCAGACCUGCUUUUAUACUUGUAAUAAACUUAGUGCAUAUAGCCAAAGGCCUUUGCAGACUUCAUGUUCACUCAGACCACAGAUUAAUAGUUUACAAAAUAAAAUCUAUCCAGGCUAUGUACAUAACCCGGGGGGGGGGGGGGUUCAAAAGCUCAACAAAACACUUUCAUAUCCAAAAGCUAUAUAGCACAUAAAGCUCAGUUAAAAUAAAUUUUAACGUUGUUAAUAACAAAAACAUAGAAAAGUGUUCAAAUAAUUUUCUGGCAUCUGGGAAAAAGGGCACAGUGAUGGUCUAAUGUCAAAGAUCCAUCUUUCAGAGGUUAAGAUACAGCUUGCCAAUUUAUUUGGAUAAUUCUUUGACAACUUACAACCCUUUAUGGGAACCCUGCACAGUUUAGUAAGACCCUUAUCUUAGGUUUCAUUUAAAUUGAACCAGUAUUGUAAGUAAGGCAGGUCAGCUUUUGCUGCCAUAGAUAGUAAUCAAGGUUCAGCUCUCUAAGAAGAACUGAUAGUGUCCCUGAAGAAGUCCUUGACUCGUUCUUGGAAAUACGUUCUACAGAAUUUCCAGUGCUGCCUUUACUUCUCUCUGGCAUUUGCCCCUGUAUAAUAAUUAUGUUAAUUCUUUAACAGAAAGGAAAUCUUCAAAAUGGGCACCAGCACUUCAUUUCUAUUAUAAAAUAAAAUUGGAAACAGUUUUAACCAAACACCAAUUUCUGUAACAGUUCAGGCCAAACUAGAUGUGAUGCUGUUCAUGCAGUUAGCAAGUGUGUGUGUGUGUGUGUGUGUGUGUGUGUGUGUGUGUGUAUAAAACCAAGUAAAAAGGAGCUAUGCUGAAGGGUAGACAAUUUAACCUUUUUCUUCCACCAUUGUCCUGAUCCAGAUCUCUCCUCCCAACCCCCAUAUUUGCAUUGGGAGAAGAGCUCCCACUUGCUCCAAAGGGAAUUGCCAAAGGGAAUUUUCUUCCCAGUGCAGAUAAGAACCAUGGGAUGGGGACAAUUAUUUAGGUGGGGAGCAUAGAGGGGCUAGAGAGUUGAAGACUCCCCCCCCCCAGCUGCCUUACAGUCCCAGUCCAAAUCACACACAUGCCAUAUGGCUACUAUUUGUGUUUGUACAAUUGCUACUUUCCUUAAUAAUGUAAUGUCUAGCUUGGCCUGAUCUCUACCAACCCAAUAUUCCUAAAAAGGUGUGUCUGCAGUAAAAAAAAUAGUAGUGAAAUUCUUCUGGCCCUAUCAAGCUUUUCAGUGUUCCUGUGUUCCAAUUAACAGGUCAAUACCUCACAGUGAAUAAUAUAAUGCAUUGUUGAAGAAGAAAAGGUACAAGUGAGGUUUCUUUCCAGUGACUCUGUGAAAGAGGUCAUUAAGAAAAUUCUUGUCUUGACAAUGUUCCUAAAUGGCACAUUCACACAUUACACACAGACACAAGCAUUUGUCUAUACAUAUAGAAGUGUUAUUGUUGAUUUGCAUAGCUUAACUACUUGUAUACUUGUUGAAUGUAACAUGUGAACAUCCCUACAAUAACAAUUGAUACUUCUUACAUUUCUAAAACCUUCAUAUACUGUGUGAAAGAACUUCUUUUAAGGCAUUAUAUUUAAUUGCCUUCUUGGGGGGUUGUUGCAAUAGGUGGAAGACAAUGUUUUCAGUGACUUCUGUGCAGAGAUUGGAGUAGACAAUAUUCGUGUAUAUGAAAAAGAACAUUUGCAAGAGCAGGAAGAAAUUGACAAGAAGAGGUAACUAUUCAGAAGUGAAUAGUAGUGAUGUUUUGUAACAUCAUUCUGUAAUCAGAAUUCCUCCGUUUUCUGUAAACAUACAUACUUAAUGUCUCUGUCCUAAGAUAUUGUUCAGCUAUCAUCAUAUGAUGAUUUUUAUUGUUAAAUUGAGGUCAGAACUAUGUUUGCAUAGAAUGCCCUCGCCAUUAUGCAUUUGCUACUCCUUGGGGAUGCAAGGACAUUGGGGGAGUGGAAUUGUCACUAGCUUUAUUCUUUUCCAAAGCUGUUUUUCCUAUCCUAUCCCUACCAAUAGGGAUGUUUGCAUGUAAUGUUUUUAUAUGUUGUUUCCUUAUUUACCCCUGAUUCCAAUACAUUUUGCUUCCUUGGUUGCUUCCCUUGGAUUGAAGAUUAGAUUGUAAGCUUUGGGGGAUCUCCACUGCAAAGCGCCAUGCAUUCUGAUGCCACUUUAUUGUUAUUAUUAAAUAAUAACUUCUUUUUACUUUGCAUUUAGAGGGCAGCCUAAAGCCUAAAGCCACAUGGACGCCCACCCCUCUGCAACUGAUCAGUUCAGCCUUUUAGCAAGUGUGAUCUGUCCCUCCCCUGGCAGUCUGCUGGGUAGAGAGAAAGAGGGGGCAAGAGAAAAAUAGGUGUGUCAGAAAUAGAGAGAGAAAGUGGGUGCCCCCCACACUUCUGACUCUGCCCCUGCCCACUCUUGACUUUGGCCCUCCCACAGUCAACACAGAUCCCUUGACAUUACUUCUGAGGGAUGUAAUGGCCCUUAACAGGAAAACAUUGCUGUCUCCAUCUUAACAUAUUACUGUAUUGUGUCUGUUCAGGUUUCAGUUUGAAAACCAGAAGACACGACUGAGUGCUCAGCUUGAGUAUAUUUGCAGCCUGGUAGACAAGGCGGUGAAGAAGAAUAACAUGUUAAAGGAGAAUAUUUGCAAAGAUGAAGCUUAUAUUAUUAGCCUGAAAAAGGUAACCAAUGGUUUGUUAGAAUAAUUUAUAUCCAGCUUUUCAAGUUUUCACUACAAUCAAGCAGUGCAUAAAAUUUCUUAAAGUAAUAUAAUAAUCAGAUUUGGUUACAGUCAUUUACUUCACAAAGAAAUUGGUUUAAUUAUUUUAGAAGACCUCCUUUUCUAGGCAUUUUGCACUAUGUGCACAUUGCAUGUCUAUAAUAUGAACAUAUAAAUGUAACUAAGAUUAAGGGGUGAGAUGGGAAUUAGGAGGGGAAAAUCCAUGUAGAUCAACCCAACACAGAGACUAUUAGAGUGUUCCAUCUCUACCAAUAGGUAUCUGACUAUCUUGUCUGGAUAAGAUUACCAUGAGGCUAUUAUACUUUAUAAAUACUUUUCGUACAUAGGAUGAGGAAAACUUUUUACAAAUGGUCGAGGAAGUUACGAUGGAACUGCAGCAGCUUAAGGAAAGGUGGAAUGUUAAUAAGGCUGAUGUUGCAGAAGCACAGAAUCAAGUUGAGGAAUCAAGGAAGGCAUUGCUAACUCUAAUAAGGUAAGUAAUGUUGUGUUUAGAAUAGUUAAGUGAUUUGUGGGGGAGGAACUCCAGAUAUCUGAAACUUCUCACACAAAUUUGUGUGAACAGGAACAUUUAAGUUGAGCAUUGUAUAUUUGCUAAGAUAGUACAAUACUGUACAACUGCUAUGACCUAGAUCCGAAGGGUUGUGAUGGAGAGGUUCUUUGUGUACAACAGGGUGUCUCCAGUACCAUCUUCAUUGCAGCCUGACAGGCCACUCAUGAAUUGGUGGGAACUUAGAUGCAGUCUCUGGUGCAGAGCAGGUUAAGAGAUCCAGAAGCCAAGGUGCACAUGUUCAGCUACGGUGCUCGUUGGAUCACAGCAACAGGGUGGCUUUGGAUGGUAAAAAAGUGGCAAGAGCAGAUGUGUAAAUGACUUGGAUACAAAACUGUUUCUAUCUUUGAAAGAGGGCAUGCAAAUCUUUCCCAGUUACUUGUGUCUGCUUACACAUGUCACUGAAAUCAAGCAAGCAAGCAAGCUGAAUUUGAUGGGGAAGUAAUUGAUUUCUAGAAUGGACUGAGAUACUUUGUAUUUGGGCUAGAAACUUAAGCUUGAAGUGUGGUUCAAAAGUACUAUCUCAUGUGUUUCUCAACCCAGGUAUUGUCUAAAUUAAUAAUAUAAUAUACAAACUAUUCUUAUAUAAAUUUUAUACCUCCAGUAGCUGAAAUAUCAGUGUUAUGUUUUCUGUGUUCUUGCUUUUUGGUGGCAGAGAGUUGGCAAAGUUGCAAAAGGAAGGUAUUGCAAUCGAGACCUCUCUGGAGCAGAAAAAGUUAGAAAGGCAUAAUACCUUUCUUGAUUGCAAACUCCAGGACUUAAAGAUAGGACUUCUGUUGGGAUCUUUGGAUGACAUUAGUGAAAUAGAGGUAGGUUUUGUGGCAUAUUAAAUAAUUUAAUACAGUUGUGGAGUUUGUACAUAAAUAAGGUCUGCCAGACCUCGAUCUAACUAGAGUGGUGUUUUCCAAACUUGGGUCUCCAGCCUUUUUUUGACCACAGCUCCCAUCAUCCCUAGCUAGCAGGACCAGUGGUCAGAGAUGAUGGGAACUGUGGUCCGAAAACAUCUGGAGGGCCGAAUUUGGGAAACACUGAACUAGAGUUUUAUCUGGUGGCAAGUACCAAAUUUUUAGAAGAGCUAACACUGAGAGAGCACAGAGAGAACCAGAACUGCAAAGAUGUCAUCCCGAUGGGUGUUUCCCCCCCGAAUCCAAUGCUAUUUUAUUCAGAUGCUAGGAUGUAUAUUUAACAAUUGAUGCUCCUGCCCUUCAAAAAGGGCAAAUGUGUAGAAAUAUAUGAAGAGGAGGCUGGAUAAAAUUGAGGCACCACUGGUUUUCAUGAAGAAGUAAACAGUACCUUAACCAUAAGUAGAAAGAUGGGAGAGGAGAGAGAAGCAAAUGAUGCUGCUGCUGCUGUUUUGGGUUUUUCAGUUUUAAGUAUUAUGUAUCUCCAUUAAUUUUGCUGGCUGUUUGUUACAGCUGGGAUCUGAUACUGAAACUACAGAAAUGACGGCUGAUAUCUAUGAAAGAGAAGAGGCAAUUCAUGUAGACUAUAGCAAUCUUGCAAAAGAGCUAAUGGUAAGAGAAGAUCUCCAUUUUAAUAUUGUUCAUGAAAGCAUGUUUUCAUGAGCUUGGUUCCACAGUUUAUUUUCCGUUUGCCUAGCUAAUGUGGUUAAAAGGAACAUCUGGCUACCAUGAUUCCUUAGAUAUUCUCUGCCGCAUGCAACUUGUUCCGUAAGCAGGACUGCAAUCAAUCACCCCAGAGACUAUCCAUCCUGUGGUGUGCAGGACCACUGAACCGGUUCCUGCUGCUUUUAACCACGGAGGGAAUCUUUCAUGGACGCCCAUUGAAGCUUCCCUCCCACAGACAGAAGCAGCUUCAGGGAGAAGGGUGGUUUUCAUCAGCAUGUGGGGGACAUUCUCCCACAGCUUGUGCAGUCUGCACUUCAUAGCACAGCUACCUGUUGUGAUAAGUGCUUCUGCAUUUCAUAAGUUUUUGAUGAGGAAAAAAUGGGGAGAAUUAUGUAUGCCACCUUGAGCUCCUUGGAGGAAAGGCGGGAUAUUAAUAAGACAGAAUAAGACAGAAAAGAAAAGAAAUUAGUUCUGCAUUCAUUCUGCAUUACAGACACUGCACACUGUGUUGAGACUAUUGUUGUUUGUAGGUAUUCACAGCUAUAUUGGCUGUGAAUUGCUUGUUUGUUGUUCAUUAUGGUGAGCUUUGAGUGGUUUGGGUUAUUGUUUUUUCCUGACAGUAUUUUAAUUUUUUCUUCACACAUCUCCUCACAUCCGCUUGGCUACUUGGCCCAGUGGUUUGGUGUUUUGUUUGUUUCCUGGCCCCUCAGCUUCCCCACCUGAAGUGAAUCCCCGAGUUUAAUUUUAUUCAGUGGUAGUUGUGGUAUGUGAGCAAAUGUCUUCAGUCUCUUCCCCACACCUGCUCUCCUAAGCCACAGCAGUUCCUUUUCUUCUCUUAGUAGCUUUUGCACCCAGACCUUUCCUGAAAGCCUUUUUAAAACAUGUUUUUCGUUCUAGUGUGUUUUCCCUAUUGUGUCAGUAAAAGGUAAAGGUAAAGGUACCCCUGCCCAUACGGGCCAGUCGUGACCGACUCUGGGGUUGUGCGCCCAUCUCGCCUAAGAGGCCGGGGGCCAGCGCUGUCCGGAGACACUUCCGGGUCACGUGGCCAGCGUGACAAGCUGCAUCUGGCGAGCCAGCACCAGCACAGCACACGGAAAUGCCGUUUACCUUCCCGCUAUAAAGCGGUACCUAUUUAUCUACUUGCACUUAAGAGUGCUUUCGAACUGCUAGGUGGGCAGGAGCUGGGACCGAACGACGAGAGCUCACCCCGCCGCAGGGAUUCGAUAUUGUGUCAGUACCAGUACCUUAAAAAUCAUACUUCCUAAACUCUGCCGUUCCUGCUUGUGGGUGAUAGAUGGCAGUAUCCAUCUGAUGGACUGUGUAUGCUCUAAGAAGGUCAAUCUGAGUCCAUAAGGCCACGAGGAAUAAGCAUGGCACUUGCAGCCCCACAGGGACAAUCAAAAUGUUGCAACUGCAGCAAGUUCCUCUGGUGUGGACAUUACCCUCCCCCCUCCUUGUCUUUUCUUUUAAGACUUUGAGGCAAUUUUAAUAACCCAAUACCAUUAUUCAUUGUUUUUAUAUUUCUUUAUUUCAUUUUACAUCUAGGACUUGCGCUCCGACAAAGAUAUUGAAACUCACCUAACAAAACUUCAGCAGGAAAUAGCAUCUAGAGAAAAUGUUCUAUCAAAAACAGCAGCACCGAAUAUGAGAGCUCUUGAGAGAUUACAUGUUGUUACAGGCAGAUUUCAAGAAUCGGUUGAUGGUAAUAUUGAACUUUUUUAAUUAGUAAAAUUUUAAUUAAUAAAAUUAAUAAUAAAAUUAACCUUUUUAAUUAGUAAAAUUAAUAAUAAAAUGAUUCUGUGAUUCUGAUAGUAGUAGUGAGAAAGGUGUUUUUGUAAACCCAGAUUGCUUGGGUGCCCUUGUGGCUGUUUGAUCGCCCCACAACGCACUUCCAUCCUAAUUUAUUACGCUAUUGCAAGUCUUUCAAAAUGUCCUAGCAGUUGACAGGAAAGAGGCGAACACAUGUCUUAGAUUAAAAAUCAGCCACAACUUUUAUUUAUUGUUUGCCAUCAAUAAGUAGUUGAGAUAAAAUAUUUGAAAGGUGGGUAGGAGGCCUCCUCUCCCCUUCCUUCUCUGCCCUCCCCCCCCCCCCCCAGGAGAAGUGACUUGGCUGUUUGUCCUGCUGGACUAUCUGUUGGGGCCUUUUUCCCCUGGUGAAGCCCUAUACUUGAGCAUAUGGUUAGGUUAUGAGCAGGCCCCUUCAGCACAUGCUCCUGUUGGGAUACUGCCAGGGAGACAAAGGCCAUCAUGCCCCAUGCCGUCUCCGGACGAUCCAGCGAUCUCUCGUAGAAACGCAGUAUCAGUUAAUUAGUGACAUGAGCCCCAGAAAUAGCUUCCCACAUUCCAGAGCUCUUGCACGCUCUAUCAGCAGAGUUCGCACAGCGAAAGAUGCACGCAGGAGAGCAUUAUUUACAAUUUUAUUCAGCGUUGGUCAGAACAAAGAAAACAUGACUGCCUGCGUUGAUGUCUCAGGCACAGAGAGAGAAACGAAAGCAGUAGACAAACAGAAACAUCCUGUGAACAGGAAAUACGCAGACUCUGUGACUCACAAAGCCUGCUCCCUUUUAAGGUGGAACGGAAAUAUCCUAACAGCUCCCAACCCUGCUGGGCAGUCCCCAACCCAUCCCCUAUGGACCUUACUGUUCUGCCUGGCAAGUUGUCACCAUUAUUUGCAUCAAGCAAGGACACCACUUUCUUUACAUUAGUAAAGAAACAAUUUGAAUGCGCUAUAAACAUGCAACACCAGAUGGCGCCAGAGAGCAGGAAAUCUUUAUAUGCAUUUUUCUAAAGGGUUUUUUAUUUUAUUUUGUUGUAACGAUCUAAUUUCUUACUUAUUUAUAGCAUUUUUUUCUGUGUGUAGAUCCACCACAAGAUCCCUUAGGCAAUAUUCCAAGAAAGUAAUCGUCGUUGGCCUCCCCCCACCCCCUUUCUUUAGAUACCACUUUAGGGACCUGAAAACAGCUCUUGGUUACAACAUUUAAAAACUUCCAAAUAGUUUUAAAAAAACAUUAUAAUCACAAAAGCAUGGUGGCUCCUAAAAAUAUACACCUCAGGUGUCAGAAGUCCGAGUAAUAUAGGCCUUGCCUGAAAUGUUUCUCAACCCUCACAAAAUCCCUUUCCUUGUAAGAUACUCUUCUUUGUCCCUCCCGUGAUGACUCAAAGCUUCCAUUCAUCCCAAGAGUUACCUGUCAGGCCCGCAAGGCUUGACAAACAUCCUGGGCACUGCACAUCCUGGUUGCCCCAAAGGGCUUGCGGGGCUGGGAGGACAGUGCUGCCUUCUCAGGCCCCACACCUCUCUCCCUCACUGGAACUUGCAGGUGAAGGGGCCCUAUGUCAGCAUCUAUGCUGCAAUGGCAAUUUUUGCAAGGAUGUUCAUUUUUAUUUGUCCCUUUAGGGCAAUAGAUGUAGAGGUACUGAAGAAAGAGAACAUCCUGGUAAAUCCAGUGUUCCAUCAAAAGAAUAGGAAUUUGCAAGGAUUUUUCUUUCUUUCCAUGAAAGUGUGAAGCAAUUUAAUUUUCCACCAUACACAGAUAGAUAAAUGGGCCGCAUAAGCUACAGUAAAGUUUGAGUUUAAAUAGCAGUGCAAACAUGUAAUGUUCACUGAGAACACUGUUUAAAUUGCAAGAACCUGGCCUUGUACAGCACAAACUUGUAUGUUGAGAAAAGUGGCUUUCUGUUGCAAAAGAAUAUCUGUAUAAAUACUGUUUUCUUGUGUUUGUUUACUGAAGUUGGUAGGAAAUUGUGGGUAGAAUCCAGCUGGUGACCUUCGCUCUCAUGGAGGGACUUUUGAUUCAGCGGAAAAGGGAGAAGGGUUGGUUUUUGCUAAUUCAUUCUUCCACCUGCCGCUCUCCACACCACCUUCAACCCUCUGCUGGAGAGUGACAACUUUCUGAAACGAAUUUGAGUAUGGCGUAAAUCACCUAUCUAUGUUCUUACAUUAGCAGAGGCAUCCACCAGAAAAAGCUCUUGCUUGAAUGCAAGGACAUUAAUUGGAUUCUACCCUAUAAAAUUAACUCCCAAUAUUUUAGUGAUAUGUUCUGUUAAAGCUAGUUCAAUUAUCCUUUUACAGUGUUUGAGACUUGUAGAACAGAAGCCAGAUUAUGUAGGCAAGAAUUUGAGAAGGUGAAGAAAAAGAGAUACGAGCUGUUCAGUCAGUGUUUUGAACAUGUGUCAGUAGCUAUAGAUCAGAUCUACAAGAAACUCUGCAGAAACAGUAGCGCUCAGGUUUGUAAUUUUUUCAGAUAUUUCAUUUAAUACUCUUUAACAUAGAAUCAUAGAAUCAUAGAGUUGGAAGAGACCACAUGGGCCAUCGAGUCCAACCCCCUGCCAAGCAGGAAACACCAUCAGAGCACUCCUGACAUAUGGUUGUCAAGCCUCUGCUUAAAGACCUCCAAAGAAGGAGACUCCACCACACUCCUUGGCAGCAAAUGCCACUGUCGAACAGCUCUUACUGUCAGGAAGUUCUUCCUAAUGUUUAGGUGGAAUCUGGAGCAGCAGAAAACAACCUUUCUCCCUCCUCUAUGUGACAUCCUUUUAUAUAUUUGAACAUGGCUAUCAUAUCACCCCUUAACCUCCUCUUCUCCAGGCUAAACAUGCCCAGCUCCCUUAGCCGUUCCUCAUAAGGCAUCGUUUCCAGGCCUUUGACCAUUAACAACAACAACAGUGAGUGUACUGGUUGUAAAUUAAGGCUAGAUUACUGGUCCAUCAGAAAACGAAUCAUUCAAGGAAUUCUUCUUAGUUUUUAAAACAGAAAUAUGGGCAACCAGAUUCAGGAUUCAAAAUAAAGUGAUUCAAGGCAAACAGGAAAGGGUCCAAUCCCUCUGCCUCCAUGACUUGGAAAUACAGAGUUAGCUGGGCAUGGGGAAACGACAGAGCUGGUGAAAGAUGACUUACCUGUGAAGCUGCAUCAAGGCUCCACAGUAGAAGAGUUUAUUUUGGGGGUGGGGAGUUUGUUCUGUGCAAAGUUGGCAUGCAGUUAUCAUGAAGGUUAGGUUAACUUGCCAUGCACAGAACUAGUGUGUUCUCAAGCUUUGUGCUCAUGGACACAGAAAGGAGCUCUGGCUUGUUUCCAAAGCAGCUUGUGAAUGAUUUUCUGUUGUUCUUUUCCAUCCAGUACAAAUACUGCUUUGGACUUUCACAUCUAGAUGCUCCCUGUUCUCCAAAUUUACUUUGAAGAAUGUUGUAUUGUUUGCAUCCGUAACUUGAAUAGGAUUGCAUUUUUGCCCAAAAUAAUAAUUUAAAUUGCAUUUCUGGAAACCAGUAUUUUUUUAGCAUUCACGAAAUCUGGAAUAGCCAGUAUGGUGUCCUCCUGAUGUUGCAGACAAGAACUCCUGUCGUCCCUGUUUGUCGUACCUGUUCGCUGUGGCUGAUAGUUGUUCACAGCAACUGGAGGUCACCAUGUUGACAAGCCCUGCAUUAAACUUUUUACAGAUAAAGCUAAUGCCCAUGUUUUGUUAUUAACUGAACAAGGAAGCUGGUAUCUUUCAGGCGUUUCUUAGUCCCGAAAAUCCUGAGGAGCCUUACUUGGAAGGUAUUGGCUAUAACUGUGUAGCUCCUGGAAAAAGAUUUAUGCCAAUGGACAACCUGUCAGGUGGUGAAAAAUCUGUUGCAGCUUUGGCUCUUGUGUUUGCAAUACACAGGUAAGAAAUACAUUGCACUUCAAAAAAGAAUAUGACACACGUAUCACAGUUUACACAACUGUGGUAUCGUUUUGGAGUCACUCCAUUCUUCAUAUAAUGUUGAGAUUCUACCUCUGGGAAUAUAUGGUGGACAAGAUGAGAAAGGAGAGCAACAUAUAUAAGCUUUCAGUUUGUUCUGGAAGUGUGGAAAGGCAAGAGAGGAUUUGGUCUGUUGUUGGUCCUGUGCUUAUGCUCCGAAGUUCUGGAAGUAAAUGUGGAAAGCUGUUGAUCACGUUUUUGUGGCCCUGUGUCAACACCCGGUUUCUAGGGGAUGUUCUUCCUAUAUUCAGUUCUGGCUCAAGCUCCAACCCAGAAAACCUGGUUCUCCAAUUUAUUUCGCUAGAUCAACAAGAGAUAGGCAACAUGGGGAGCAAUACACAAAUACAGUAGAUUUUCGUCUAGAAUGUGCCACUUUCUCCCAAGGUCCACCUAUUCCAAAGGAAGUCUGUCAGGGAUGCAGCAAGUGAGGGGGCUUCUUCCAGGUGCAGAAUUUGAGAGUGGUGCAGUAUUAAUACUCCUAAGGAACUGCAGCUUUUGCUACAAAGAUAACAAUCUAAGUUAGCCAUUAAGCACUUCCAUGCAAAUCAGUAUCCAAAUAAAUAAAAAUUAUACAAAGUAGCUCCUUCCUUGGGGCAAAAUUACUCUAUUUAGAAUUCAACAUGGGUUAGUGGUCAGAUGAGCACAAUUAUUUAAGGGAUAUAUAAAAUAACAGUGAGAAAGUUUACAUAAAUCAUUUACUGGUUCUUAUGGUAGUUGCCUUUUUUUCUUGCUGAUUGAAAUAAAUGAUUUAAAGUGCCUUUGAUGCUAUAUGGAGUAGAACUCUGGGGAUGGAAUCAGAAGCUGUUAGAACGGCUUGAAAUCUUCCAAAAUUUUUACCUCAGAAGAAUUCUAGGCCUCCCUCAGAGUACUCCGGCAGCUCUCCUAAGAGUGGAAGUAGGAUUACCUUCUGUGUCUGCCAGGGCCCACUUAAGAUUCCUGCGUUUUUUCACCAACCUCACAGAUGCCCCGAACACCUUAUUGGCUAAACAAGCCUUUGUAUUAUUACAAAAUAAUACUACUUGGCAUAAAAACCUACUAGAUAUCCUAUCCAGAUACAAUCUACCUGAGUUUAAUACCCUUAAAUUGUGGAGCCCUGAUAAAGUUCGGGAAUGGAUCUUUGAAAAAGACGCCUUUUGGACUCCACAAAGAUAAAAAACUCUGGGUUUUCCUACUGGUUUCCCGAGUAAAAGCAGUCAAAAUCUGUGCCAACUACUUGGUGGAGAUCACUGACCCCACCCUUCGGAGAGCUUUCACUAUGGCACGGUUUCAAACACUGCCAACUGCAUAUCUGACCGGUAGAUUCACAAAAACCCCAGUAGAACAUCGUUUAUGCCCUUGCCUUAUGAAAAUUAAAGAGGAUCUUACACAUUACCUCCUCUAUUGCCCCAUCUACUCGAGCUUUAGAGACGCAUUGCUGCAAAUUAUACCCAACUCUAUAACCAAUCCUGAAGAUAGAGUAAAAUUUUUGUUAGUUGAUGCAAACCCACGUAUUACCCAUGUGGUAGCGGUUUUUGUGAUGAAGGCCAUGAAAGCCAGGGAAAGACUUAUGGAUGACAAUGUAAAGACCCCUUCAUCGUCUGUUUAACUCGUUGCUCAUUUUCCCUCUCUUUCUAUUUUGUGGGAUGAAGGUUUUGUUGGCGUAGUAUGUAAUGAAUUUUAAUAUCUUUUAACUAUUGUUGUGUUAAUGUUUGUGUACAGGCAUGGUCCUCACAAUAAACGGAUUUGUUGUUGAUUUAAAGUGCCUUUAUUGAUAAGCCAAAAUCAGGUAGUAGGAAAUGUAUUUAAAUUAUUGUGUUUGUCUUUUAUAUUGUUUCUUAGUUUGUUUCAUUAUGUAAUCUUUUAAUUUUUGUAAUUUCUAAUUAUUCUGGUCUUGUAAUUAAAAUAAAAAGGUUUGAGAACAAUGAAGUGCACUCCAGCUAUGUUCACACAAAGUUCAUUACUUCUCUUCUAUUGCUCGCUAAUUCUAUAGCUGAUAGUCAAUAGCUACCUCUUCUGUAAUGCUCAUAUUCGUUUUAAGAACGUAAUGCUGCCUUACCCCACAACAGGAGAAUUAUGUUGAAUGAAGUUUGUCUCCUACUUAUCUUCCAGGACUGCUACCAUGCUAGUUGUUUAGAAUGGAAUUGCCAUCCUUCUUACUCAUUCUUCAUAGUGAAAACAGACAGUAUGAUUGCCCACCCAGUGUUUUCUUUUUGUUUUUCAAAUAAAAUGCAAUUGCACCAUCAGUUUUUCCAGGGUAGACUGCAGUUCUCAGGGAGGAUACUGUUCCUUUAAUUAGAAGCUUCCUCUGCCUCUACUUCUUGUUCGGUGUAGAGUGGCAUUGGUAAUUAAUUGUUCCCUAAUUAGGAGAUUUCUGAUAGGUUUCAGGAUACCAUUCAGGCAGUUAUUUUCUGGCUUGACCUUAUAUUUUCUUUUUUCUAAAAUCACAAAAUACCGCUGUACUGGAAAGGGUCUAGUUAAAGUUCCAGGCUACCUCUGCUCAAUUCCCUUUUAGGUCUUGGCUAUGGAGGUGGGAAUUGCUAGAUAAUACAGCACUGUAUUAAGUGCUAUAAUAAUAUUAAUUUAUUAAAGUGCUACUUUUAAUUCCAUUCUAGCUUGAUACAGAAAAGUAAUACUGUCUUGUUUAGAUGGCAAUAUGGUAAAGAGAAGUAGAAAUAUAUUUCUAUAUUUCUGUACCACUGGCAUAUUAUAAGGUGGGGGAGGCUGUAUACUAUAUGGCACACUUGUUUUAAAUUCUGAAUUUGUGGGGGAUUUUGGCUAUAUAUUAAGAAAAAGUAAAAAGAAGUCUUGAAAUUCAGAAUAUGCAGUCAUUAAAGUAGAAAGCAGGUGGUGGCAGGUGCACACUCCAUUGGUGAAAUUGUUUCUGUUACUCUUAUAGGUACAAUUGGACUAAUUUACAUUCCAUUAAUAAUUGUGCUUGCUUUGUUGUUUCAGCUUUAGGCCUGCCCCCUUUUUUGUUUUGGAUGAAGUAGAUGCAGCACUAGAUAACACAAACAUUGGCAAGGUAAGCUAUCAGUCUCUCUUUCUUACCAAUAGAAAAACAACAUUCCAUCUCAGAAACGUGCUUUUUCUUUUUAUAUAUGAAAACAAUAUUUUUAAGCAGGGGCAAAGAGUAAAUAGCAAGCAAACCCUUUAUUAAAGAGAUUACACUGGAUAUACUGCAUAUAUUAGACCUAUUUGAAAUGGAAGGAAGUUAAUUGCAUCUCAUGCUAAUUCCCUGUUAAAGGCAGUUUUGAUUGGUCACUUAAUAAUCUUUCCAUGCUUACCCAAUGCAUCUUAAGAUUUACUAGUACUUUCCAGCCACAAGAACUGUUAGUUCUUGAAAGCCACUGUUCAUUGGGAUCUCAGGACUCCAGAAAUUGUCAGUGAGUAGACAUGCAUUUGCCUAGGGACCAAGGCAGGUGUGAAGAACCUCCAGGCCACAGACCUAACCCAGCCCACUAGGUCAUUUUGACAAGCCCUGCCCAUGUAAAGGGAGGUAGAGGCAGGGCUUGGGGACGGGGCUUUGUAGCACGUCUUGUUCAGCUGGUUGUCUGGCACUUGGGAUGUACGGUGCAAGGGCUUUGCAGGCUCCUUUGGAAAGGAACCUGCAACCUUCCACAAUUUUUUGACAGUAUUAAUCAAAUCUCUGCUGUAGCCCUAUUAGCACUUGAGGGUUUUAAUUAAGAUCCCCGAAUAGAUAAUAAAACUAUCUAUUAUAAUGAGGACCCUCCCAUGAUUUCUUCUGCACUUAUUUGUUAAGCAACUUCUUACAAUUCCUCCAAGCCAUAAUGGUGUGGGUUUUUACAAAUAAAAUACUGUCUUAGUGAGUAGAGAUAUAUUACAUGAGGAAUUUUUAUUCCAAGCAGAUCCUCUAUUGUUUUUUAUAGCAUAGUCUUGUAUUUGAGAUGUCUUGACAACAGUAUGCUUACCCAUUCUAUAAAGCAAGUUUCUUUUCUAAUCAUUGUAUUUCUGCAUGUAUCUAACAACCUCCUUUUUUUCUUCUCAAAAAGAUAUCAAGCUUCAUUAAAGAGCAGGCCCAAGAAAAGUUUCAGAUUAUCGUUAUUUCUCUAAAGGAAGAGUUUUAUUCUGAAGCAGAUGCUUUAGUUGGAGUCUGGCCUGAGGUAUAUAUAUGCACACAUGCACACAAAACACACUCUUGAGUGAUAGUUUCCGCACCCUAAGUGUUUCAUAGAGAAAACAGAAACAGAAUAUGGCUACACUUCUAUAGAAUCAAAUCCCUGGUGAUUUUAAAGGGUUGGGUGGCAGAAAUGCAAAGAAACCAAACACCUACAGCUGCAUCAUUAUGGCCUGGUGUGCUGUGAUAACUCUUGAUCAUUUCUCUCCUUAGCAAGAAGAUACUAUCCACAGUCAAGUGCUGAGCCUGGAUCUUACUCUGUAUCGAGAGUCUGAUGAUGAAAAUGAAAGGCAACCGAAAGGCAGAAAGAGCUCUGCGUUGAGAUAUGCUAUAAAGUGAAUUUGUGGCUGUGGGCUUUUGUUUAACCACGGUGUGACAGGUUUGAAUGUUACUGAUUAGAAUUCAGUAUAAAACUAAAUUCACAUAUAUUUAAUGUGAGAAUUGGUUGUUUAGCAUUAUAUUAAUAUGCUUAUUCUCUGUGGAAGUUUAAGUGCUAAAAUUUGCACUAGCUGUGACCCUAGUUAGACAUUAGAUACAGUUUCCCGAUGUCUCUAUCAAAAAGAAAAGCUGCUGGAGGGGCAGAUGGGAUUGAAUGUGGAAAUAGUAUUAAUUAUUUCCCCACCAUUCUAUCCCGUUCCCACCCCCCCACUUUAACUUCGCCACUACCUCGAGAGGUUUCAGAUACAAGAGCAAACACGUGAAAAGUCAUGGGGGUGCAAUCUGGAAUGGAAGAAUGAGUAGGUAAACACACCCUAUUAGCCACUCCUCACCUCAAAGCUUGAUUUUCCCUCCAGCAGUGUGUUCCUGUUUAAAACAGGGUCAUGACACACAACUACAUGUAACAUCUGUACUGGCCUGAGUUAUAGUUGAAGUUCCACGCUUUUUUUGGUGUUUUUGAGCUGAUUGUUAUCCUUGGUAAAAGAAAGACUGGGGACCAGUGACAUUAACUAAUAAAAAGCAUAUAUAGACAACUAGAACCACUGACACUGGUCAGUGAAGAUUAUUAUGCAACAGUUUCUUACACAAAAUAUUUCUUAGUGUUUCCAUUAAAUUUGUUUUGCUUGCAUUUAUAUUUGAAAGUUGCUAAAUAAACUAUUCAAUGUUUAGUUUCUAAUU